ACAGGGAGGUUGGUGUUGGCAUGUUUUUUUUAUAUAUAAAACGUGUAGGGUUUCACCCAAGCUUCCUGUUGUCCUCGGCCGCCGCUCGUACCUGACCUCAGAAUUUAUUUUGUAACAAUAAUCUUAAUAAAUAAGAAUAACGAUAAUAAUAAUAAGGAUGGAGGGCGGAGCAAUGUCAUUGUCGUCGGAGAAUAGGAAAGAAGAAGAGCAGCAGGGAACGUCCUAUACCUAUUGGGUGAGGCAAGUGGCGGAGGAUACGGCGCCUCCCCCAGUUCCUCGAAAACUCUCACCUCAGGACAUUCUCUCCGCUCAAUCCCAGCCUUCCACCCUCGGUUCUCUCUGGAAUCGGGCUGGAACUUGGGAGGAGAAGAAUGUUAAUAAAUGGGCAACAGAUAGAAUAAAGGUUUGUCAUGGAGCUUCUUUUAUCAGUGGGUACCUUGGAGUUCUCAGGUGGCAAAGCAGAGAUAUCAGAUGUCUUCAAAUGUGUAGGAGAUUUGCGAUUAGAGAUUGUAAUCUUUUUGAUUAUGGUGAUAUGAUAAUAGACUCAUUCCUCAUGAGUUCAUCUUUACUGAGUGACCAGGCAUUCUUGGUGACAGUGCGAAACAAGAAACGUGUUAGCUACACCUAUGAACUAACCUUGAAAGUAAAAGGGGAGUGGAUAUUUGGAGAGGAGAAAAACACAGUCAAGGGCCAGAUAGACAUCCCAGAGUUUUCAUUUGGUGAGCUAGAUGACUUGCAGAAACUCAAAUGUCACAAAUGGUGGACAAGGAGUCCACUCUUAAAGUACAAACUAAAAUAGACAUAACAUACAACUAUUCUCAAUACUACAGACACCAGACUAACAAGUGUCCUAUCCAACAAAUGGAUGAAAGACUUACACCCCUAAAAGCAACUGAAAAAAAGAAGCUAGGAAAGGACCAUAAACCACCUAUCCCACAAUUCCUCUGCCUCUGCCCCCUGUAAUCCUCAAAGAUUCAUAUGUUCCUUUCCAUCCAAAUCUCCACAAAAUCUUGCCCCUUUUCCUUCCAGCAAAACCCACACAGCAGCCCUAAACCCUUUGAAGCAACUGAACAAUGAACUUGAACAUGAUUAACACUCUCUGCUCCGCUGAAAUGUUUUUGAGAGGCUAUGUAUAUAAUGCCUGCGCGGAUUUAAUGACUGGUGAAGGACUCUGCAUAAGAUACGGGUUUUUUUCUUUAGAAGUCAGGUGCUGCAGACUUGGAAAGAAAUGGAUGUCGUGGAUGAAGGUGUAAAAAAAUCUCAAACCAAACAUGCUGUCUAGUUAAUUCCUAGUAGCAUGCUGUUACAUUUUAGCAUCAUUGAUUAUUUUCCCCCUCAUUGUUUCAAACUACAUCAAUAACAAAAUGAAAGUCCAAGUUUUAGCCUCUGGAAAUGUGUCUUGGUACCUAAGAUUGCUGGUUAUGCUUAUUUGAAUAUUUCUCGGCAGAGAGCAGGACUUUGAAUGAAUUUAUUUAAUUUUGUAA